AUUAUGCUUAUAAUUACUAAGGAAGUAACAAAAGCACUUCCAUGUUCGUGUUUAAGUGGAAAAAGUUUCUCAUAUCUUUCCGACUUGAUCGUAGAUAUAAAUAUCUACACUUCUCUCAAUACAAAUUACAGUGUUUCACCGACUCUUGACAGUCUAAAUUCAACGUUCUCGGUAAUGAAGCUAGUAACCAAAAUGAAGGCCUUCAUUGCUCUGUUAGUCGCCACUCUGGCUGUCGCUGCUCAGGGAUCGUAUAUCCCAUCUACCUGGCCUGCAAGUGCGCCUCUCGGCUGGAACUCUUGGGACGGUUUGAACAAAUGGAACACCUGGAAUGGCAACGGCAUUAUCGACACCCCGUAUACCAACUCGUGGGCCUCGGCAUGGCCCGCUGCUUCUCUGAAUAAUGGCUGGGACGGAUGGUACGCUCCGAAGACUACCGUCGUUCAGGCUAACAUUGCCAAGGCCAAUCCAUGGGGACUCCAGUGGGGAGGCUAUGGACACGGAUAUAAUAACUACAUGGGAGCUGCUCCGGUUGCAAAAUACGUCACAUCUAAUCCAGCAACUGUUCUUGUGGCCCCAUUGACUGGACAUGCCCUUAAUCAGAAGCUUAUUGUUCAUUAAAAGAAUUAUUUA